AUGCCCUUCUUCCCCUUCCCCCUCCCCCAGGGUCGAAAGUACGAUGGACCGGAGGUGGAUGUGUGGUCUCUGGGUGUCAUCCUCUACACCCUGGUCUCGGGAGCCCUGCCUUUUGACGGUCAGAACCUGCGGGAGCUGCGGGAACGCGUCCUCACCGGCAAGUACCGGGUGCCCUUCUACAUGUCCACGGACUGUGAAGCCCUCCUACGCAAGAUGCUCCAUCUCAACCCCGCCAAGCGACACACCCUUGAGUCGGUAAUGAAAGACAAGUGGAUAAACACGGGCUACGAGGACUGCCCGCUGACGCCGUACGUGGAACCCGAGCAGGACCUCAACGACCCCGUGCGAAUUGAGAUAAUGGUCAACAUGGGGUUCUCGCGGGCAGAAAUAAUCAAAUCGCUGCAGUCGGGCAGCUUCGACACCGUGGCCGCCACUUACUUCCUCCUCGGCCACCCGUCCCCCAGCCUCGAGACGGAUUCUGGCCGUGGAUCCAACCUCUCGCUUCGGCAAAACACCCUCAGCGCGACGCCCGGCCGACAGUCCGCGGCAGGCUCGGGAGGCAGCCACCACUACCACCACCAUCACUCCCAGUCUCCCGCCCUCACCAACACCUCUUCGGCUGCUGCGAAGUCGGCAACCGCCAAGCCCUCCGCUGCCCACCAACACCGCCAUCAGGACAACGGAGAGAAGGAGAAGACCACUGCGAUGCCCAAGUCAAGCGACACCGCAAGAUCCUCCAGCGCCACUCCUCCCGACACACACAACAAGGAGCCAGCGGCAAACUCGCCCACCACCCCAACCAACGAUCUCAGCAUCACCUCGGUUGACUCUUCCCGUCCUUCCACGACGUCCUCCACGAACUCGCCGGUCGCUGCCUGCGAGAAGACACCCACCAUGCGAAGUUGUCAGCACCAACAAGACCAUUCUACCGCAACCUCGAGAUUAUCUACAGGUGGUGGUGGUGGUGCGACCGGCGAUUUCGUCAAUUCACCUGCCCAACGAGCCAGUGUGGACGUCACCACUCUGACCGGACGCCUCGGUAAUCUGGCGGUGGCCGCGCAUCGCAAGACUGGCACUGCUCCAAGAGCUGUUGCCUCCGCCGCCACGUCAAAUGUUACCAGUGGUCGACGAAACGUGGGCAGCUCUUCUGGCGACCAUCAGUACCACAGCGGUGGGGCUGCCGCGGGUGUGGUGGGUGCAGGCACGCGUAGAUCGGUGGGGGCUGCCUACACCGGUUUGGGCGCGUCGUCCUCCGCCGCCACCGGCGCCGCCUCCGGUGCCAAUACAUCGCGGAUCGUUCCUACCGUGACGACAACCUCUUCUACCGCCGCAGCCGCCAGUCCCACGAGUCCCGGUGGCCCUGCCAAGCUGGACAAAGGCGGCACCACGAGUCAGGCCGGUGGAAGACUUCCUGUUCACGAGAUCCGCAGUCAAGUGACCCCCGCACCAGUUCCCAUGACCAGCCGACCCUCCAAGGGCCACCACAGCCUCCUGACAGCGUCCGCUCUCGCCAGUGGCGGCAACGCUCACCACAACGAGCACCACCCCCUCACCCUGCGCGAUCUGCCCACCGUCAACGAGCAGCACGUUCUUCCCAGUUCCACGGCGUACCGUGCCAUCCCUAAAGGGCCCGUUUCGCCGAACUUCAACCGACGCAAACUCGAGUACACAUCACUUAGGUACAUCGCCUCCUCCUCCUCCAUCUUACUCAUUUCUGUCAGCAUUAACUGUGAUUUUGCUUGUUCUUGGUGUCUAAUCACCACGCCACCCCCCUCCCACAUGUCGCACCUAAUCGUCGUCUUGGUCACAGCAUGCAUCCACGCUCACCAUAGCAACUGGUACCACUCUCGUUUACCCUCUCCACGGCGGCUAUCCCCUCCUUCAUUGAUCGUCUGGAUUCAAAAGAGCGACAAAGAAAGGGCGUUCAUGCCUAAUUGCCCAGCCCUGAUUAGGGGUGGGGAGGGAAAGAUUACACCCCUUCUCAAUUUCAACGACGCGGACCCAACUACACUUCGCUUAGGUACAAACUUGAGCACCUCGGUGUCGCACACGCGUGUAACCCUAACACCAAUUUCCACUCCGGCACUUCUCGUCUCACCUUUAUUACCUGUGACCUCACUAAUCGGGUGGUUUAGGCCCCGACUUGUAACCUAUAUUACUGGCGAGAGUCACGCGAACACCGGUGGCAAAGCCGAACCCCAGCGAAAUCUUCCGAUGGGCAACAAUGUGGGCGCACCCGGUGGCCCGCUCGUGAAUGCGUCCGCGAGAACCAACCUGGCGGUGUCGGGCAACCAUCCGCCGGGGUCGUUUGUCGGUGGCGUCCACUUCUCGCGUCUCACUCCUGAACGUCGGACUGUCCACACGGCCUCGCAGCAGUCCUCGCUUCUCGACGCGGACACCGACUACGACACAACGGGAGCCAGCAUUGCGGCACGCAAUGUCGGACUGAUGGAAGUCAAUUCGUCGACCGCGGGAGCUAAUUCCAGCGGAGGCGCCGUCAACUUCUUGAAAAGUCUUACCCAGAAAAUCGGACGAAACCGACCGAGUCUAAGCCAAGCGUCGCACUUGACCUCACCUCCCGGCAUCAUGACCACCUCCACGCUUUCAUCGAACGCCUCAGGGGGCGGCACCAACACAGUCGGCGACGUCGCCUCUGCGCAGUCAGAUUCGGCGAGCAGCUCAAACACCUCUGACAACCGUUUCGCGGCCUCCACCUCGGAGGGCGUGAACACGGCGCCCGCACCUGACGACUCCUCGUCACCCAACCCCAGCACCUGCGGAAUGGUCGAGCAGGCGAAGCCGCGCAGCUUGAGAUUCACCUGGACCAUGAAGACCACCUCAACGAAGGACCCAACUGUAAUGCUGAAUGAGAUUAAAAAGGUCCUCACAGAGCAGAACUGCGAGUACGAGCAGCCCGAGACCUUCCUGUUGGUGUGCCGCCACGGCGACCCUGCUGCCGACACCUGCGUGCAGUGGGAGAUGGAGGUGUGCAAGCUGCCUCGACUCUCCAUGAACGGCGUCCGUUUCAAGCGAAUAUCGGGCACCUCAAUUGGCUUUCGUAACAUUGCCACGCGCGUCUCGGAUGCGCUGCGGCUCUGA